GCGAAGGAAAAAAAUUAGUGAUAUUCAACCUGAAGUCACUGAAUAUUUACUUUCAGUUUGGCUGUCAACAUGGCCGGUCCUUUGAGAUAUGACGGAAAAGUUGUACUUGUUACUGGAGCUGGGCAAGGUCUUGGUAGAGAGUAUGCCUUGCUUUUUGCGGACAGGGGAGCAGCUGUUGUUGUGAAUGACCUUGGUGGAAGUUUUAAAGGUGAAGGUCAGAGCACUAGAGCAGCAGAUAAAGUUGUGGAGGAAAUCAGAGCAAAGGGAGGCAAGGCUGUUGCAAACUAUGAUUCUGUAGAAUUUGGAGAAAAACUUGUCGAUACAGCGAUCCAGAAUUUUGGACGAAUAGAUAUUGUAAUCAACAAUGCUGGUAUUCUCCGAGACAAAUCUUUUGCCAGGAUCAGUGACCUAGAUUGGGAUUUGAUCCACAAAGUUCAUUUAAGGGGAUCAUUUUCUGUGACCCGUGCAGCAUGGCCCCAUAUGAAGAAAAAUAACUAUGGCAGAAUCAUUAUGACCUCCAGUGCUGCUGGUAUCUAUGGUAAUUUUGGACAGGGAAAUUAUAGUGCAGCCAAACUUGGCCUGGUGGGAUUGAGUAACACCUUGUCAAUUGAAGGAAGGAAGUAUAACAUCAAAUGUAACGCCAUUGCCCCGUCAGCUGGGUCUAGAAUGACAGAAACUGUGAUGCCACCUGAGCUUGUUGCUGCGUUAAAACCGGAAUACGUUGCACCGCUGGUGGCGUACCUAUGUCAUGAAGAUACUGAGGAAACUGGUGGACUGUUUGAAGUUGGUGCUGGAUGGGUCUCCAAAUUGCGUUGGGAAAGAACACAGGGGGCUGUUUGCAGGACAGCAACAACAAAAAUGACCCCAGAAGCAGUAAGAGAUGCUUGGAAGGACAUCACAGACUUUGACAACGCCACAUACCCUCAGUCAACAACAGAGUCGACCCGCCACCUGAUUGGUAUCCUUGGUGACCUGGAUGGUGGGUUAGGUGGAAAAUCUUCCUCUAGAUCAUCAUCAUCAUCAUCAUCAUCAUCAGGUGGUGGUAUCAACGUGGAAUUGGCAAAGGCAGCCAAGAUUAAACCAACAACCUUUACCUAUGAACCGAAAGAUGCUAUAUUGUAUGCAUUAGGAGUGGGAUAUACAACAAAAGACGAAGAUUACCUCAAGUUCUUGUUUGAAGGGUCAGAAGAUUUCAGUGUUGUACCAAGUUUCUGUAUACUCCCCUCUCAAGCCAGUACAUUUGGGUCAUUUUCAGGAGGAGUACCAGGCCUUGGUGUGGAUGUUACCAAGAUUUUGCAUGGAGAACAAUAUAUGGAGUUAUAUAAACCAUUCCCAGCUAAUGGCAAACUGACAUCACAGGCUCGUGUUGCCGACGUUCUAGAUAAAGGUGUCGGAGCAUUGAUACUGAUGGAAGUGGAUACAUAUGAUGAAAAGAAAGAGAAGAUAGCUUUUAACCAAUCAGCAAUCAUGGUGAUUGGAGCAGGUGGUUUCCAAGGUAACAAGACAUCGCCAGCUCUUAAGGCCUUGGUUAAACCUCCGAAGCGUGCUCCAGAUGCUAGCAUGGCUGAGAAAACAUGUGUUGACCAGGCUGCCCUAUAUAGAUUAACAGGUGAUAGAAAUCCUCUACAUAUAGAUCCUAGCUUUGCUGCCAUGGGAGGUUUCAAGCAGCCUAUAUUACACGGGAUGUGUAGUUUUGGAUUUGCCACCAGACAUGUAAUGAAGACAUAUGCCAACAAUGAUGUGUCCAAAAUAAAGGCAAUUAAGACAAGAUUUUCAAAACCAGUUUUACCAGGUGAAACAAUACAAACAGACAUGUGGAAGGAUGGAAAUAGAGUACUCUUUCAAUGUAAGGUUGUAGAGACAGGGGCUGUGUGUCUGAUGGGAGGAUAUGUAGAUCUUUAUGAAGGUGCUGGUGAUGCUAAACCAGCUACUCAGCCAAGUUCAGGUUCAAACAUGAAGAGUGAUGCAGUAUUUGAGGGUAUGAAACAGCAGUUGGCCAGCAGGAAAGACCUGGUGAAAAAAAUUAAAGCUGUAUUUGGUUUUGAAAUCACACAAGGUGGUAAAACUGCAUCUGAAUGGACUGCUGAUGUAAAGAAUGGAGAUGGGGAUGUUUACAAAGGAAAACCCAAGUCAGGCAAGGCUGACUGUACAAUUGUUAUAUCUGAUGAUGACUUUGUAGACCUUGUCACAGGAAAACUAAAUGGA